UGUAUGUACCGCUUAGCUGUUAGCUUUCAGACAUGGCCGCAGACAAGCAAAACGAAGGCAAAGUUUCCCUCAUGGAUGAAAACAAAGAAAAUUUACCAGAUGGAGGACUUGGACUGGAAAUCCUGCAAAUAAUCAAGGAGUCCCAGCAGCAGCAUGGCCUCAGGCAUGGGGACUACCAGAGAUACAGGGGAUACUGCUCCCGCAGGCUGCGUCGCCUACGCAAGACUCUUGGCUUCAAAAUGGGAAACCGGCACAAGUUUGUUGGAAAGAAAGUGACGGUCGAAAUGCUUUCUGACAACAGGUAUCUUUUGCUGGUUUUGAUGGAGGCAGAGCGUGCAUGGAGCUACGCCAUGCAACUGAAGCAGGAGGCCAACACAGAGCCACGGAAACGCUUCCACCUGUUGGCUCGACUACGUAAGGCUGCCAAGCACAGUGAGAAGCUGGAGAAGCUCUGUGAAAGCCCCCGUGUCGACGCUAAGACGAAGCUGGAGGCACAGGCUUACACUGCAUACCUGACUGGUAUGGUGGAGUUUGAGCUGCAGGAGUGGAAGCUUGCUAUGGAGGCCUUCAACAAGUGCAAGACCAUCUAUGAGAAACUGGCCAGUGCGUUCACUGAGGAGCUGGCGGUUUUGUAUCGACAGCGCGUAGAUGAGAUAUCGCCCAACAUCCGCUACUGUGCUUACAACAUCGGUGACCAGAAUGCCAUCAAUGACUUGAUGCAGAUGAGGCUGACUGGUGGAGGAGGAGGGAUGAUGGCUGAGAAACUAGAGGCCCUCAUCACUCAGGCAAGAACCAAACAGGCAGCAACCAUGAGUGAGGUGGAGUGGCGAGGACGGACGGUGCCAGUUAAGAUCGACAAGGCCCGCAUCUUCCUGUUGGGUCAGGCAGACAAUGAAGCUGCUAUUGCUCAGGCAUCUAAUGAGGAGACCAAAGAGCAUCUGUAUGAGACCCUGCUGGCCGAGUGCAGAGACACCAUCCAAGCUGUGAGAGAGGAGCUCAAGAGUGAGGCGAAGCAGCGAGAGAGGAGCACUGAUGGUGACAGCGGGAAAGUGUCCAACCUGCAGUUCCUGCACAGUUACCUGACCUACAUCAAGCUGUGUACGUUGGUGAAGAGGAACGAGAGCAUGGCUCACACUCUGCAAGCCAAGCUGAAGGAGCCUGAGGCCGACGAGACCAAGAGGGGCCCCCGUCCCCAGGACCUCAUCCGCCUCUACGACAUCAUCCUGCAGAGCCUGGCGGAGCUCUCCACCCUGCAGGGUCUGGAGGACGACCACACCUUCCAGAAGGAGGUGUCCCUCAAGACGCUGGUCUACAAGGCCUACAGGUGCUUCUUUAUAGCACAGUCUUAUGUGCUGGUGAAGAAGUGGAGUGAGGCGCUGGUGCUGUAUGAGAGGGUGCUGAAAUACGCUAAGGAGGUCCAGUCGAAGGCCAAGAGCUUCAACAACAGCCUCAAGGAUCUCCCUGAUGUUCAGGAGCUCAUCGCUGAGGUCAACGCUGAGAAGUACUCGCUUCAAGCUGCUGCCAUUUUAGACACUGAUGAAACUGCUGAAGUUCCUUCUCAGCAGCAGGUCAAGGACAACACGCCCCUCUGCGAUCGCCUGGAGAACUUCAACCUGGACCCCACUCUCGUAGGAAAGCACCCCAACCUGGUCCAGUUCCCCCCCGACUUCCAGCCGAUCCCCUGCAAGCCUCUGUUCUUCGACCUUGCUCUCAACCACGUGGCCUUCCCACCGCUGGAUGACAAGGUGGAGCAGAAGGGCAAGGGCGGCCUGACCGGCUACAUCAAGGGCAUCUUUGGCUUUGGCAGCUAAACCAAACCCCAGGCUCUGGCCUCCACAUGAGAGCUGCACGGCUCCCGAGUUUAUCACAACAAACCAGACUUGGUUCAGUUGUUAAUUAGAGUCACUUCAAUUUGUUUUAAUCUUUGAUUUUUGGUGCCUAAGUGCGAAAUGGGUGGAGUUGUAGACCUGAAGAAAGGAAGAGUGAAUCUAAUGUUUAAGGUGAGAUUAAAGAGCAAGUAUUUAAAUCGGUUUCAAGUAGCAAUAUGACUCGAGUCCACCUGCCACCUUUGAUUAAUACCAUCAGGCUGCAGAGGCUUCUCGCAUGCAGGCUCCCUCCUUAAUCUGAGCAUCAGGGAAGUCUUCAAGAUUUACAGUCAUCACAUGCCAUGAAAUUACAAGUUGAAGCCAAGUUGUCAAUUCUCAAAAUCUAGCCAUUGAGGCUUUUUUCUCUCUCUUCUCUUUUCUACACUGUUGUGGAAGCGCCUUCAUGUAGUUCUGUCAUCUCUUUUUCCUUAUGUGAGAGACAGUUUGUUUCUUAAACCUAGAAGAGUGCAGUCUUCUCUCAGCACCGACAUGAAAUGCUGGAAAUAAUCCUGCCACCUGUAGUUUGACAAACUCCAACAGACGUAUUUUUUAUCCAAACUUUACACUUGGUUUCUUUAAAGUAAUGCCUCGUAGACGGCUCAAGGUAAAAAAACAAGGCUCAGCAGUGAUGCAGCGUUAAACUGGACAUGAUGCUGUUUGGAAACACGACAAUACUUUGACUGCUUUGUUUGCGGUUUCUUAUCAGUUUUGCUCCCGGCUUUAGAUGUGCACAUAUCAGCCGUUUGACUUUUAGAAAGCCGAGCUCUGAAUUAAAGAACAGACACCAGAAUAGUGACUGACAAAGCCGAGAAUCACAGUUUGAAAUGUUUUUCUUCUUUAAAAGCAGAGAAGUCCAGUGUCUUUCAUUUGCCUGUUGUCACUUACACUCUUUUAUGAGGCAAACCUAAGCUAGAACUGAAGCAGUCGAACGCAGCAAUCCUCCAGUAAACCCUCCCUUCACCAUGGAGAUGAUAGUCUAUUAUUUAUAAUGUUUUUAUUGUUUUUAGAGAGCUCUUGAUUUGACCCUGUAGGCGUUCGGGAGGAUAUAUAGAGAGGUGUUAGUUAGAUAAGUUUGAUGUAGAAAACGAUAGAAACACCCGUCAGAAAUUGUCAUUAACGUAGGACUCUUUGCAGGACUGUUUUAGCUUCCUAAGAAACUUUCAAACGUUUGUUGUACUUUGUGACAUUUGGCAGUAAACUUACCGAGAAAAGGGUCCAACUGCUUCGACACACACACACACGGAAGCCUCAUUUGAACUCUUAUUUUGAAGGAUUUCCUGCUGGGGAAAGUGCAGCUCGUCAAACUGUAAUUAAUUCCUGUAACGUUUUUACACAGAUGUAUUUUUAUUUGUUAAAGACAGCCGUAGAAGUUAAGACAUGGAAGGAGGUUUUUUUUUAGCAGCUUUUCAUUCGUCACACCACCACGCCUGUUUUGUUUGUCUUGGGUAGGACUAAAAGUGCUUUCAUCACAAAUUACACGUCUGUGGAUAACACUAGAAAAAUCUUUCAUCCAUUGUUUUGCCUGCUGUAACGCCGACUCGCGUCUUCUUUCCACACCAAAGCUGAGUUUCCUCUGAUCCUUAAGGCACCUGGUUUUCCUGUGACACCUGGUGAGACUAGAGGACCGUUGGUUUGUCGCUCACCCACUCGCACAUUUAACUGUCUUGCUUUGUUUUUAUCUCUGUCUUGGAUUUCCUUUUUUUGUUUGUUUUUCUUUUCUUUUCUUUUCCUCCAGCUCAGUGUUUUCUGUUAAUGAAUUAUGAUGGAUAUGCUGGAACAGCUCCAGCAUUUUACCUCUGUUAGCCUGGAAAACAAUUAGUCAUGAUCAGUAGUUGCUGGAAACAUGCAUAAAUGAUGAGAGUGUGUGAUUUCAUUUAGUUUCCAGGCAUAUAAUUAAAAAAAAAAAAAAAAAAAGAUAUUUGCACCAAA